AUGUCCAUAAACUUACACUUCCAUGCCUUCGCCGGGAACCCUCUAAACUCAAUUCCCGCCGAUCCACUUUCACCCUCCGCGGCUCUCAAAUCCCUCAACGCGAUCAUUCUACAAAACGACCACUCUUCUCCUUCUCCCAAUUUCAAGGUCCUUCCAUUCAGAAAUGGAAGUACUUUAGCCUCUUCCGCGGUUGACUCCGGUGACUCACCGCCGGUUUGGCAUCUGGCUUGGAUCGGUUUGGACGAUCUUAGACGUAUCUUCGAAAGUUCAGGCGCCCAGCUUAAUGGAGACUCGUUUGUGUACUUGGGUUCGCGUGCAGAGGACGACGCCAUUUACUGGGCAAUUGAUGUUUCCGCUAAGGUACCUCAAUUGGGUACAGACACCAACGUGGAAUUGCGUUUCGUGGAGCUCCGAACUCUCAUGGUGGCCACCGAUUGGGAAGAUUCCAAAGCAAUGGAAAAUCUAGCUAUUGCUGGUCAUGCCAAGGCACUGCUAGAAUGGCAUAAUAUUUCCCAAUUCUGUGGACAUUGUGGAGAGAAAACUGUGUCGGUGGAAGCCGGGAGACGUAAGCAAUGUUCGAGUGAUUCUUGCAAGAAAAGGAUAUAUCCACGUGUUGACCCGGUGGUAAUUAUGCUUGUAAUUGAUAGAGAAAAUGACUGUGUCCUCUUGGGUACACGACCGAAGGUUAUUUCUCGAGUGUGGAGCUGCUUAGCUGGUUUCGCAGAGCAAGGAGAAAGCUUGGAGGAAGCUGUAAGAAGAGAGGCUUAUGAAGAGAGUGGUAUUGAAGUGGGAGAAGUUGUAUAUCACAGUUCUCAGCCAUGGCCUAUUGGUUCAAAUAGCAUUCCCUGCCAGCUGAUGGUUGGGUUCUUUGCAUAUGCAAAAUCCCGCGAAAUAACUGUGGACAAGAAAGAGUUAGAAGAUGUUAAGUGGUUCAGUAGAGAAGACGUACGGAAAUCAUUAACGUUGGCCGAAUAUAAAAAAGCCCAAAGAACAGCUGCAUCAAAGGUAGAACAAAUGUGCAAGGGAGUAGAAAAGAGUAGGAGCUUGGCUGGAGAUUUCAACGUGGAAAGUAGUGAAUUUGCUCCAAUAUUUGUUCCUGGACCUUGUGCGAUAGCCCAUCACCUUAUUUCCUCUUGGGCCUUCUCAGAUCAAAAUGUCCACUAA